UUUAAGUUCUCUAUAAAUUGAUCGACACGAGGACUUUUUUGUCAGAAGGAGGGGGGCACAUAAAUAGAAGUGAAUGUUUCUGGCCUCAUGCAAAAAGCAUUUGUCACUUAUCCAGUUCUGUUGUUAUUGUUUUAUGACGUAUUUAAUUUUUACAUAAUUUCAGGUAGACGUAUUUCGAUAUUAAAAAUUGUCUAAGGAACAUCAAUGACGUCACAGAUUUUAUUUUCAAUUUUGACGGUGAUUUUAACCGUGACUUAUGCUCAAAUGUAUGGAAGUUAUAAUCCCCGACCAAAAAUUGGAUCUUGUGCUCCACCAUUGGCGGUUAAUGUUUGUUCAAGAAGUUGCUAUUGGGACAAUCAAUGUUUAGGAAUUGAAAAAUGUUGUCCCACAAGUUGUGGAGGAUCUGUUUGUUCUAGACCGGUGACAACAAGAAAUCCAUCAACAAUUGGUACAAUAAAAUCAGGUGUUUGUCCAACUUCAUCAAACGAGCGUUGGAUAUGUUCAUCAACGUGCAUUGAUGAUAGCGAUUGUCCAGAAAAUAAGAAAUGUUGUAAAACUCGUUGCGGUGGUAAUAUUUGUAAAAAACCACAAAUAACAGAAGAGGAAAAAAUUCAUACGAAUGACAUCGAUGUUUAUUCAAAUAGCAUACCAUUUGACAAUAAUAACAAUAAUAACAAUAAUAAUUUUGACAUUGCAUUUCGCGCCAAUCGAAAUAAUCCAUUUUUAUUUGGUCGAUCUCGUUAAAUAAAUUUUUUUUUUCUAUUUCAAAAUUUGUAAAGAAAUGUUUCACAAGUUUAAUUUUAAUAAUGUUUCAUCAUAUAUUUUUCUUUUUCAUUUUGUUGCUUCUGACAAUAGCAAUAAUUAAUAAUUUUCAAAUAUUUUUGAAAUUCAAUUUUCAUUUUCACUUACAUUAUAAUAUUAAUUAAUAUAGUGAUUUGUAAUUAUAUUAUGGAUAUGUGAUUAAUAACUUUAUAAUUUUUAUUUAUUUUUAUUUAAUUAGUUUUAAUUUAAGACUGAGAUGUUAUGUCAUAUUGUUAAUUAAAAAAAAUU